AUGAAUGGAACAGAAAUAGAACGAGUGUCUGACAAAAAUGAAGACACAUAUCCAUCUGAUGCAUCAGAGAGUGAGGAAUCAGAAGAAGAGCAUGAGGAGGUUGUUUGUUGGAGAAGUGGGAGACGAGUUGUGGAACUUGGAAUUCUAGUGGACAAUUUGGAAAAAGGUUUUGCUGCGUGUGGUAGACCACUAGAUUUAAGACAUUGUGAGGACGAAAAACGCAACUCUACAUGGGGGAAUAGCAAGGUGAAGAAGUUUAAUGACGUCAUGUCGGUUUUAAACAUUCCAACGUUACAUCAUGCCACAGUUAAGAAGUCUGAAAUAAUUGUUGGAAGAGCUGUUGAGGAUGUGGCCACUAAAGCAUGUAAAAAUGCAGCAGCAGAAGAAAUAAUGCUUGCAAAACAGGGAAAUGCGUGCAAUAUGCUACAAGAAAUAAGCAUUGCAGAAUUUGCAACAUGGCAGAGAAACAUGAGAAACCUCAAAAGGAAUAUGAUUGCUGAAAAAAUUGGGAAGGCAGUUUCAAAGCAAUGGAGCCAGAAAUGUGUUUCAAUGUUAUUGGAACUGAGUGAAUCUGGACUAAUUGUUGAUACGCUGACAAUGGAUGAUGAUACUACAACAAUAGCAAAACUUCGUAGUGAAGUAGAUGGCUCGAUAAAGAAGAUAAGUGACAAAAAUCACACAGUGAAACAUUUUACUAACAAGUUGUACAAACUUAGAACAGAAAAGGGUUACAAACAACUAAAUCCGCGGACUAUAGCUCACCUUGCAAAGUGCUUUACAUACGCCAUUAGUCAGAACAGAGGCGACAGAGAAGCCACUAAGAAAGCGAUAGAAUCCAUAGGACCUCAUGUGUUUGGCACCCACGAUUUGUGUGACAGUAAUUGGUGUGGUUACUUAAAAGAUUCCUUCUCGUAUAAACCAAACCAUUUACCAUACAGAAAAUACUUCAGUGGAGAGGAAUUAAAGAAUGCUUUCUUUGAAAUAUUACAGGGUUUUGCUUCACAAUCCAGAUCAUUUACCACAAAGAGGGCAACAUAUAUCGACAAUGAGAAGGACAAGAAAAGGAAACUGGAGGAGUCAGUGGAUUACAAAAGGAAAAGAAUCCGAAAGAAAGAAGAAAAGACGAUUCAUCAGUCAGCAUGUUCCACAAGAGACGGCCCAACUUACGAGACCGCAGUUUCCCUCAACAAUGAAGUGGCUCAGACAAAUGAAAUACCUCCUCCUCAAUGUCCUCCAAAAGCCGUUCCACUACCGUCAGUUAUUCCAGUGACUUGUGUAUUCUUUGAUUUGGAAACAACAGGAUUAGAAAGGGACAGUGAAAUAAUUCAGAUUGCCGCAGCCUGUGGGGAAGAGCAAUUCCAUACAUACAUUAUACCAAGAGGGAGGAUUAGUACUUCUGCAACCUGUGUAACAGGACUAGCCAUUAAAGAUGGUAUUCUCUACCGUAACGGCACUGUAGUGGAUACUGUAGAUUGUCAGACUGGUUAA